UUUGCCGUCUUUGGACAAGCUGACACGUUCAACUUCAAAAAUUCUACUUUUCGUCCACUAGCAUCUUACAAGACAAAAACCUGCUACUGUUUCUCCUUUUUUUUUUUAUUUCUUUUUAAUGGAUAAUUUUUGUUUGAAACUUGGGAGGUGAGGGUAACAUAUUUACAUUUUUAUGUUUGCAAAGGGCUCCAAAUAUAGGGAUACAUUUCGACGAAACCAGCUUACGAUCCUCCGUUCACUGUCCUCGCUAAGGGCUUCUUCGCUUCCUUUAAAGGGAUUUUUUUUUUAAAUUGUUCCGGAAUUGUGUCACAUUUUUGGUCCUCAUUAAAAAGUUCAACGAUUUUCGUUAUGAUUGAGAGUUUUGGGAUGGAGAUCUUUUCUGAGUUACAGAAUCAGUAGAUUCCUUUUCUUCUUGUGAAACUGGUUUACCUAGCUGUUUGAGAAUUUAACAUUUGUGUAACUGCUUGGGUUUGGCUCUAAUUUAGACUAUUGAUGAUAAAAAGUGUUGUCUUUCUCUGAGCUUGAAAAAUGUAUCCUUUGAUGAGCUUUACUUAAGGCAAGCACUGGACUUCUUUGAUAAAAUAACAGAACCUUCAACAUAUAAAUGGGUGGGAACUGAGUUAUAGAGAUUUGCCUGGUAUGAUGGAUCGUUUGGUUUCCAGAGAAAGAGAGCCUGAAGUAGAUCUUGAAAGUGGAGGGACAACUAGUGAAGAGGAUGGAACAAAUGAUCUUGUUUCAGCAAAUAAACAAACCAAGAAAGUUUUAAAUAGUGUUUGGAGUGGGCCUUUAGGUUUUGAUGGAUUGGGGAAUUCUUCAAAAUUUGGUGAGGAUGCUGACGAGAAUGUGGAGUUCUUGCUAGACAAGAAUUCAGAAGGAAAAGAGGGUCAACAGCAAAUUCCUUUUGUGAAUAAGAAGCUUCUGGAAGAGAAAAAGAAGAAAAAGAACUCAAGAAAGGCUCCCAAGCCACCCAGGCCUCCUAAAGGUCCAUCACUGGAUGCUGCUGACCAGAAGUUGGUGCAGGAAAUCACCGAGCUUGCCAUGAGAAAACGUGCCAGGAUUGAACGAAUCAGAGUGCUAAAAAAGAUGAGAGCAGCAAAAUCAUCAUCUUGGAACAGCAGCCUAUAUGCCAUGGCGUUCACUGUUCUCUUCUUCCUUGUCCUCAUCUUUCAAGGAAUUUGCUCCAGAAACAUUGGAAGCUUGUGUCUGCAAGUGUCACCUGAGCCAGCAGUUACUGCAAGUGAAGAUUUGAUUUCAGUUCAAUUUUACAAGAACGCUGCCUAUGAAGGUGAUGGACCUGGCUCUGGCUCUCCAAGUUUGGUAGGAGGACCAGUUUCGGGUUCAGGAUUGAGUAAGAAAUAGAGUUGCCUAAUCUUCUGUUCCAUCUGUAAACUUUUACUGACAUCUGCAGCAUGGAAGCUGAGUUAGACUGAAAAAACUUAAAUCCCUUUUGUAAACUGAAGCUGAGGCAGCGUGCAAUCUUUCAAACACUCUGAUUUUUGUAUAUAGUGGGCAGGAACCAAGUUUGGACUUUGGAGAGAUGUUUGUAAAGUACAGUUUGGUAGAGUAAUUAACUCGUAUGGUUAUUAGUGA